AUGUUGAUCGAUCUCUACCGGGUGCACUUCUGGAAAGAAGGAGGGUUCCAGCGCAAAGUCAGCGACGAGAAGCCUAUCGUGAUGGGUCAUGAAGCCUCCGGUACCAUCGAAGCAGUCGGUUCCGCCGUCACCAACGUCAAAGUAGGCGAUAACGUAGCGAUCGAGCCAGGGGUUCCCUGCCGAUGCUGCUCAGCCUGCAAAAGAGGCGAGUAUAAUUUAUGCGUCGCGAUGAGGUUCUUCGCUGACCCUCCGGACUCCCAUGGGGCCUUGACAAAGUAUCUCGUCAUGCCGGAGGACUUUGUCUACAAGGUCCCUGACGAGGUGAGCCUCCAGGAGGCGGUCCUCGUGGAACCCACCGCCGUCGCCGUCCACGCGGCACGUCUGGCUGAGAUCAAGUACGGGCAAGAUGUCGUCGUGACUGGGUGUGGGACGAUCGGAUUGCUCUGCGCGGCUGUAGCCAAGGCCUUUGGCGCCCGACGCGUCAUCUUGGCUGAUAUCAUCCAGGCGAAGCUAGACUUCCUGAAGUUCCCAUGCUGGUUCUGUCCGAAAAGGAACUCAGAGUCCGAGGAUGUUUUCGAUACGACUCUGGCGAUUAUGAGUUGGCUUUGUCGCUUAUUGUGGAGGGCAAGGUGA